AUGUUGGCCUGGGAAGUAACCCUGUUGUUGCUGUUGUAUGAGGUGGAUGAACACAAGGAGAGUGAAAAUACUUUUGGGAGGUGUUUUUUGUGUUCUGCUGCUGUUGAUACUUGUUGUUUUUCUUUUCAGACAGGCAUUAUCAACACCAUGUGUGGAUACAAAACCAUUGACAAAGAGCGCCUGAGCAUUCAGGACGUUAUAUAUGUCCGUGGGUGCACGAAUGCCGUGCUCAUUUGGUUUUUGGACAACUACAGCAUCAUGGCUGGCGUGCUGCUCGGAAUAUUGCUACCCCAGUUUCUGGGAGUGUUGCUGUCCUUACUUUACAUCACUCGGGUGGAAGAUAUCAUCACCGAGCACAAGAUGAGCGAAAGACUGUUUGAAGAACAGAGCUCUGCGCCUGACUUCUCUGGAGCUGGCUGCUGCAUGUGUUACCCGGGGUGA